UUAUAUUUGUUUCCAUACUCAAAUUUUGAACUUUCACUGUAAAAAUGGAAAUGCCCACAAGAAUUGCAUACUCAAAAUUGAGCUUUUAUCUGAAUAAAUGGAAAUGCCCACAAGAAUCGAACUUAUGGCCAUGAGCAAAAAAAAUCGGAAAAUAUGAAAUAUUUUUUCAAAUCAAUAUUAAUUAUCAAACACAAAUAUGUAUAUUUCUUGGCCGCUCAUACCCCUAAUAUAUAGGAGUCAAAUACAAAAACAAUCCUCAAAAUCCUUACAUUUUUCUAUUUCUUAAUCAAGAGACUCUUCAAGCUAAAUGGCUUGUUCUGCCAAAACUUUAUUGGCCACUGUUCUAAUCUGGUUCUUGCAUCUUCCAUAUGCAUAUACCCUCGAGCCUCGCUGUUUAUUCAAUAGGAUUUAUCAACUAGGUGACUCCAUAUCCGACGUCGGAAAUUUGAAACGGCAAAACCCUAAAUUUGGGUGUGCUCUGCCGCCUUAUGGCCAAAACUUUUUCCACAAGGAAACCGGUCGAUGCUCUAACGGACUGUUGAUCAUUGAUUACAUCGCACAAUCAGCUCGUAUUCCUUUUCUCGGCGCCUACCUGAAUCCGAACGCUAAAUUCGAGGGUGGAGUGAACUUUGCUGUUGCUGGUUCAACUGCAUUACCUGCAGAUGUUCUAGCAAAAAGAAAAAUCUUCAAUCCGGCCACAAAUAAUUCUCUAGCUGCACAGCUUGAUUGGAUGUCAACUUAUUUUAACACAACAUGUUACAAAAGUUCAGAUUGCACUAAGAAACUCAAAUCAUCUCUCUUUAUGGUUGGAGAGAUUGGAGGCAAUGAUUAUAAUUAUGUAUUAUUGCAAAAUAAAACUAUUCAAGAUGUUAAUUCAAUGGUGCCUGAGGUUGUCCUAGCCAUUAAAGAUGCUGUUAAGAACAUGAAGACAAACACAAUAAUUUUGAAUGUUGUUAUAGUUGUCUCAUUGUUAGUCCUUUGUUGCAAAGCACAGGAUCUCAAGGCUUGUAAAUUUGAUAGAAUAUAUCAAUUAGGUGAUUCUCUUUCGGAUACCGGAAAUUCUAUAGUGGAACUCCCUCAAGCUUAUCAUGCUCGAUUGCCUUAUGGUGAAACUAUCGGAAAGGCAACCGGUAGAGCUUCAGACGGAUAUUUAAUGAUUGAUUAUAUAGCACAAUCUGCUGGUCUUCCACUGCUCGAGCCCUACGAGAAUUUAAAUUCAACAUUAAUUUAUGGAGCUGAUUUUUCAGUUGCUGGCGUCACAGCCUUAUCUAUGGAAAAACUAUUAGAACUAAAACUUGAUCUCGGAUACUCUAAUAGCUCUCUUAGUGUUCAGCUUGAAUGGCUUAGAAAAACUCUAUCGUACGUCUGCAAUGCUACUAAAGAUUGUCAAGAGAAACUGAAAUCGUCCCUGUUUGUGGUUGGAAUUGGACCAAAUGAUUAUAGUCGUGCACUGUGGACGGGCGGCAGUAUUGACAAAAUUAAGGCAAUAAUGACACCAGUAGUUGUGCAAACCAUUAAAGAUGGUAUACAAACAAUGAUCAACUAUGGUGCUAGUAAAAUAGUUUUCGCCGGAGCCUACCCACACGGUUGCUCACCAUCCUACCUAUCGGCUUUUUUAAAUUCAUCUUCCGCUACUGAUUCAUUUGGGUGUUUAAAGGAUUAUAAUGAUGUUUUCGCACACCAUAACGAUCAACUUCAAAAAGCUUUUGAAGUAUUACGAAUUGUAAAUCCAAAUGCGACCAUUAUUUACAAUGAUGUAUAUAUUGCAACAUAUACAAUAAUCGAAAAUCUUCCAACUCUUGGAUUUAAGACAUAUAGAAAAGCUUGUUGUGGAAUUGGAGGUGAAUUUAAUGUUAGUCCUGGACUGGAUAAAAUGUGUGGAGCUAAAGGUAUACCGGUUUGUACGAAUCCUAAAGAACACGUAUUUUGGGACGGAGCUCAUUUCACUCAUCAAGCUAAUAAAGUUUUAUCGGAUUAUCUUAUAAAAGAAAUGCUAUCUAAACUUCAAUGUACAGUUUGAAAGAAAUUUUAAUAUUU